AUGACUGAAAACGUACCCGAACUAGGCAGGAUCAAGUUCAAGGUGCGGAAGCAUUUAAGAGGUCAUUUGGCCAAAGUAACAUCUCUGCAAUGGGGUUCAGACAACCAGUUAUUACUCUCUGCUUCUCAAGAUGGGAAACUGAUUGUGUGGGAUACAUUUUCUGGGAAGAAGAUUCAUAUGAUUGCAUUGAAAACAGCGUGGGUUAUUGGAUCUGCGUUCUCUCCUUCUAUGAACUUCGUCGCUAGUGGUGGAUUAGACAAUGUCAUAUCGUAUUUCAGUUUGAAGUCUCAAGACGGCACUGCAGAGUUCCUUCGUGAGUUGACGGGUCAUAAUGGCUAUAUUGCAUGUGUUCGCUUUGUAGACGACCAUCGAUUAUUGAGUUGUUCAGGUGACAAAACUUGUGCCCUAUGGGAUAUCGAAAAGUCGAAAAUUCUCCUGAGUUUCCGGGGCCAUGCCAAUGAUGUUAACGCCAUUGCAGUUUCGAAGCAAAUGCCCAAUAUGUUUGUCUCCGCAUCUUCAGAUCGCACUUGUCGACUAUGGGAUCUUCGUUGCUCAGAGGGUAUGCAAUACUUUGAGGGUCACCAGCAAGAUGUCAAUGGAGUCGAUUUUUUCCCUAUCAAUUCUUAUGCUUUUGCCUCAUCUUCAGAUGA